AUGUAUAUCCCGCUCCAUCAUCGUCGGGGCGGCGGCGGAGGAUGGCCCGGCCCGGUCUCAAACGCCGAGCACGUCCCUGUGACGACACUCUUCUCGGACCAGAAAGAUGGCUCAACCGCGGCGUGGAAACAACUCAAUGACGACACGAGAGCACUCAUACGCCGCCAGUUCUCAAGCAACCCGAGCGACAACACGAACAUUCAGAUCGGACUCGUCGUCGGCAUCGUGCUAGGCGCUUUCAUCGUUGGCCUCUGCAUCUUCCUCUACAUCUACCGCCACACCAUCCGCUUCCGACGCCGUCGCCGGCGGAGCGUCCGCAAGACGUCAAGCAGCAAGAGCUCUAAGAGCUCCGACGCCGAGGCACCGCCUCCGCCGGCCGACGCGCCGCCGCCACCGGAUGCGCCGCCGGAGGGGGCUUGA